AUUGAUAUUAUUUUAAACAUAAUACCAUUGAACAAUGUUAAUUUACAUACGUAUUCGGCGACAUGAAUCAUUUUCCAUAGGUUUAUAAAAUGGCUACAUUUUGACUUAAUAAUAAUUUGUUUGCAAAUUUGGAAUAUGGGGGCAUCCUAGUCCAUAUAAACGUACUCCAAGAGCCUUUGAUAAUUUUUGCUAUGGCAGCUCUACAUAUGCGCUCCUUGAUAUACACAAUCCCAAAUAUGCGCAUAGAUUUGGAGUGCAUCACUAAACAGGGGUCGUUCGUUACCAAUUAAGGAAAACGAUGAAUAAACUUCAUAAACACAUUAAGUUUACCUGAAUUGCCGCUGAAAGACAUUCUACUUUGCAUGCAGCCUAACGAUACAACACACUAUUCUUGCUGUCAUUUUCAUUUUGAAAUUUCUUACAGUAUAAAUAUUCGACGACUCUUGACGGACAUUGUUAUCGACUAUCAUUAUGACAUAUAAUAAAUGGGUACAUCAAAUAUCACUAUGUGCAAAAGAUUGGUGUUAUGCGACCUAACCAAUAGCGACACUUUUUGUCAGCAAACUUACAACAGUUCCCAAUAUGGUGGAUAGAAGCCUACCAAAGAAUAACAAAGCGAAAUGUGGUAAGCCAGUGGACAAGUACAUAGAACAUGACAGGGUGAUAGUAAGUCUGGAUGCUAUUCUUCUCAAGAGAGGGGCGUUCCGUCAUAUACUCAUUAAUAGUGGAAUCAAGUCACACUGGAAGUUCUGCCUGGUGUUGUUGAUCUGUGAUGCAGUCACCAGACUCUUGCGCCCAUCAACUCACAAUGUGGAAAAGGCUUGGCCCCAAGACAAUGUCCUCUAUUCAGCCCUGGAGAUCGACCUUUAUUGGAAUUUUUGUUUGGCAGCUAUAGACAUGUUCACAUUCCUGGUCGUUGUCGUUACAUUGAUGUCCGUAUUCAAGAUGUUUUCAAAAGAAAAGCAUGAUUGGCCAAGUUUUAAGGACUGCAUGUGCGGGCUUAUGCUAUCAAUGUUCGGGAAGAUGUUUGUGCUACCCGCCCUACUCUGGGCUCACAAGUACAGUGCCGUCUAUACCUGGCUCAGCUACCUGUUCACUGCUGCUGCAAACGUGCAAGCACUUACAGUUCUCUGUCCCAAAUGGCACAGUCUUGGAAUGGCAAUCAGCGUGGUGCUCGGUCAGUGUGCAUCGAUAGGAGUUUCGAAGGUCCUGCAAAACAUAUAAGUGUUUGACACGUGAACCAAUGGAUGCAUUUUAGUUGUAAUGAAAAUAUGCAUUCCUUAAAUGUUAACAUGAAAGGAACGUUGAUACUUACUUAAGGGUACGCGUAGGCCUGAAAUUUAUGUCACUGUUAUCAAGAUCUGGCAGAAUGUUAAAUUGUCUAGUUAGUGAGUAAACAAUAUACGACAGUUUUCAUUUAAACUUGACAUACCAAUUUCAGAAUACAGAUUUGGCAAACAUAUAAGAAUUACAUCUCUAUUGAUAUCAGUUUUCAAAAGACAGUGUGUUAAACGUGAAGAUCUUAGAGAGAUCUAAACUCAGUAAGUGUCGAGUGGUCAACAUUGGUUAACAUAAACAUUUCUCGUCCGGAAAUGGAUUUUGUAGACCUUUUAAACGUUAUUUGACAAAAUUAAUGCAUGCUCUACGGGACUUAUGUAUUUGUAUGUCCCCCUUCGAAGAAGAGGGGGUAUAUUGUUUUGCACAUGUCGGUCUGUCCGUCGGUCCUUCCACCAAAUGGUUUCCGGAUGAUAACUCAAGAACGCUUAGGCCUAGGAUCAUGAAACUUCAUAGGUACAUUGAUCAUGACUGGCGGAUGACCCCUUUUGCUUUUCAGGUCACUAGGUCAAAUGUCAAGGUCACAGUGACACAAAACAGUAAAAUGGUGUCCGGAUGAUAAGUCAAAAACGCUUAUGCCUAGGAUCAUGACACUUCAUGGGUACAUUAAUCAUCACUGGCAGAUGACCCCUAUUGAUUUUCAGGUUACUAGGUCAAAGGUCAAGGUCACAGUGAUUCAAAACAGUAAAAUGGUUUCCGGAUGAUAACUCAAGAAUGCUAAGGCCUAGGAUCAUGAAACUUCAUAGGUACAUUGAUCAUGACUGGCAGAUGACCCCUUUUGAUUUUCAGGUCACUGGGUCAAAGGUCAAGGUCACAGUGACUCGAAACAGUUAAAUGGUUUUCGGAUGAUAACUCAAGAUUUGCUUAGGCCUAUGAUCAUGAAACUUCAUAGGUACAUUGAUCAUGACUGGCAGAUGACCCCUACUGAUUUUCAGGUCACUAGGUCAAAGGUCAAGGUCACAGUGACUCGAAACGGUAAAAUUGGUUUUCAGAUGAUAACUCAAGAAUGCUUAGGCCUAGGAUCAUGAAACUUCAUAGGUACAUUGAUCAUGACUGGCAGAUGACCCCUUUAGAUUUUCAGGUGACUAGGUCAAAGGUCAAGGUAACUGACCUGAAGCAGUAAAAUGGUUUCUAAUGUAUUCAACAACUGACAGCCCAUUUGGGGGGGGGGGGCAUGCGUGUUUUACCAACAGCCCUUGUUUCAUAUUUAUUUCAAUGAUACCCAACGUUCCUCUUACUCAAAGAAUAUAAAACAGCACCAUCCGAUACCCUUGACUAAAUCAUUUCGUUACACACCAGUAAAUGGAGGGAGUGAUGCGGAAUGAGUCGAGCUUGGGUAUCCUGCGAUGGUUGAACAGUGGUUUGCCAUUUUCGGAAGUAUUUUGUUUUGAAGCGAUUGCAUAUGCCACAUUUUCGUUUCUUGUUGCAGUUUGCUAGCCAUUAAUUAUUGAUAUUAUACGUAUUUGUAAUUGAUUACACACUUUAUGAACAAUGUGUUUGAGUAAUGCUUUCUUUUAUUAAAUUCAGUUAAUAAAUUAAA